UUUCCCGGAGCUACGACGUCCAACGCAAAACACCAAUCUCUUCCACUGUUUGUAAUUUGCUCCAUCACCGCCCCAGCACCCCGCCCAUACAUACUUUCCGUGCGUCCUGCCUUCCCCACGCCCAAACUCAGCGCGCCCAAGAUGUCUAUCCCGGCCUUCUCCGACAUUGCGAAGCCCUCCAACGACCUCAUCAACAAGGACUUCUACCACGUUGCUGCCGCCGCUCUCGAGGUCAAGCUGAAGACCCCGGAUGGUGUCAACUUCACCGCCAAGGGCACCUCGGCGCACGAUGGUCCUAUUUCUUCAUCUCUCGAAGCCAAGAAAGGCAUCCAGAACGGCAUCAGCAUUAUCCAAUCGUGGAACACGGCCAACGUCCUGAACACCAAGGUCGAGCUCGCAGACUCAUUCGCCAAGGACUUGAAGGUUGAGGUCCUCAACAACUUCAGCCCCGCCUCCGGGAACAAGGGCCAGAAGUUGAACAUCUACUUCAAGCAACAGCAGUUCCACAGCCGGGCGUUCCUCGACUACCAGCCGUCUGGUAAGAUUACCGCUCUCGCGGAUAUUGUUGUUGGCCAUGAGGGUUUCCUCGUCGGUGGCGAGGUCGCAUACGAUGUCCAGAAGGCUGCUGUCACCAAGUACUCCGCCGCCGUUGGUUACAGUACCCCGACAUACACUGCUGCGGUUACUGCCACGAACAACUUCAACAUCUUCGCCGCCUCGUACUACCACAAGGUCAACAAGUCUGUCGAAGCCGGUACCAAGGCCACCUACGACGCCAAGACUGGCACCGCCGUCGGAAUUGAGCUUGCCAGCAAGUACAAGAUCGAUCCUCUCUCCUUCGCUAAGGCCAAGAUCAACGACCGCGGCAUCGCCUCCCUCGCCUACAACACCAAGGUUAACUCUGGCCUGACCUUCGGCAUCGGCGGCUCCUUUGAUACCCAAAAAUUCAACGAGGCUGGCCACAAGUUCGGCACCAGCUUCACCUUCGAGGGUUAAGCGUCUUAUACUCUGUAUAUUUAGCGAUAGACAUGGAGAGGGGAGAUGAAUGAGUUCAGUUGGCAUGAAUUGGGAUUGAAAACAUGUUGCUUCUGUGACGUUUUUUUGGCCAUGCUUUUGUGGGUGUGUUUUGGCAUGUAUCAACAGUCGGCUUAGAAUCUGUAUGCAAGCGCCUUUCCAGUCCCACAUAUCAAACAUCGUGAACCUGUUCAAAAGCCACUUCUUGAUAUCAAUAUAUGCCUCCGUAUGACGCCG